GUGUAGACUGUAGUGUAAACUGCCUUCUAACUUCUAACCUCAAUCAAUAUCAUUGCAAAUAUUCUAAAAGUUUUCCAAGUGACUGCUAUAAAGAAACGAAAAAGAUAUCAUAUUCUCUUUAUAUCUUGUACUAAUCAGAAAAUACUAGAAAUGCCUGCCAGCAGUGUUGAUUUGUAUCUUAUGCAUGAUGCCAAAAAUAAUUUUGACGCCAUAAGGCCAGCACCCGUAUAUUGCAGUGAAUCUAAUUAUUUUAUGGGCCCUUGUCGAAAUGUGCACAUAUCGACAAAUUGCUAUUAUGGGUAUCACGACCCCAGUAAAAGAUCUGACAAUGAAAAUGAAAAUACAGACACAGAAAUGCUCGACGUGACAAACAAAACUAUGCAAACAACGAAGUCAUCGCUCAAUCUAAUAGAAAAUAAUGCAAGAAAACGGAGUGCUGAUGACAGCAUAAGCCCGGCGACGAAACGCCUUCGUCAAGAAGUACAAACAAUGAAAAGUAAUGAACCUGAGACAAACGAGAAUAUGCAAUUGGAUACAAGUUCAGAAGAUUUACUGGAGACACUUUAUUGGCAUUUACAUGGCGGGAACUUUUAUCAGUGUGUGUGAUUAAAAAAAUUAAAAACCUAACAGUGAUAAAUUGAACCUAAAAGACUUUAAGUUCUAAACAUUAUAGAAUAAGAAAUAUUUUUUCAAGUAUUAUAACUUCAAGGGUUUUUCUUAAUAAAGAUAAACUAGGAAAAGGGAGGUUUUUUAUUUAAAAACAAAAAUACAUUUAAUUUAUUUUAUUUGUGCUAAAUAAUAAAUAAUAAUUACAUAAAUGGUUAUGUAGAGACAAGCAAUUACAAGUGAUUAAGAAAAAAUAUUAAUUAAUUGAAUAUUAAUAAAUAAAAUCACGUCAUAAUGUCAAACUUCUUGAGUUUAACCUGAAAUAGACAAAAAAAAUAUUAACAAUUGUUUGUUAUUCUUUUCUGUUGCAGGUCCAGAAACAGGAAGAACUAAUUAUUUUUGUUUUCAGGAGUCACUCAAACAAUAAAGUUGACCAUUACUGGUUAGCUGUUUUGAGUGUUUGUAUAAUAAUUAUGAAAUAUUAACAUCACCUUUCUAUUUUUCAGAUAAAUCUUCCAUGUGCAGCCUUGUUGGCACACGGUCAAGUCCAAGCCAUUCUGCUUCAGCCUUUAAUGCAAAUACAAUAUUACAACUUUACACACUAUACUCAAUAUUUAGAUUCAUUUUUUUAAUGUUUUAGGUGUGUAAUGUUUUUAUAAAUUACUGUGAUAGUCAAAGUACCUGAGUUAUUUGUAUUGUUUUAUUUAAUAAAUGUUAUAUUUGUAAUUA